GCCUUCCAACAGGGAAGAGGUUCUCCUGUACUGAGUGCGGGAAGGGUUUUUCAGAUAAGUCUAAUCUUUACAGACAUAAGAAAUUGCACACUGGGGACAAGCCACAUUCCUGUCCUCAGUGCGGGAAAUGUUUUUCACAGAAGUCCCAUCUUUACAUACAUCAGAGAUCUCAUACAGGGGAGAAGCCAUAUUCCUGUUCUGAGUGCGAGAAAUGUUUUUCACAGAUGUCCCAUCUUUACACACAUCAGGGGUCCCACACAACCCUCGAGGUGUAUUAGUGCCUGA